AUGACAGGCAACGAGGGUAACUCAUCUAGGUCGGGGGGGUUGUCAAACUUCCCCCGCGAGAUCCUGUCUAUGAUUUGCGAAAACCUCUGCUCCCAUUGUACCUCGAUUACUCAAGAUGCAAAAGACUUGGACUGGGGAAGCGUGCCGUCGGCGUUAUUGGCGCUCAGCAAGACUUGCAGAGUCCUGCGUGAGAUCGCACAGCCUAUUACCUACCAUGUAUUGGCCAUUAUCCCCUAUCAUGCCCAUUUCACCAGGUUAAUCCGCACCCUGGACGAGCGCCCCGACCUGGCAGCACAGAUGAGGUGGCUUCGUCAGCACACCUACGAGUGUGGCGGCUGGAACUACGACGAGGCCGAGGAGAUUGAGUUGGUGAAAGGUGUCGCCAAGCGGCUGGGCAUGCAACGCGAGAGCGAUGAGGACUUUGAAUCUGCGGACGAGGAGGACACAUCCCUGAACAAGUUUUGCAUUGAGCUGCUGAUUGCCUUGGCACCCAAUCUCGAAGCACUGCAGGUUUACGUGGAAAACGACGGCAAUUAUGAAGGGACCCAUUACUACUACACUGCUGAGAGGCGCAGGCAAAUAGGUCGUGAAGCUGCAUCGCUCCACCGUCUGAAGAGGUUGGAGUUUUUGACAGAGGAUGACUGGGGCGUGAGUGCCAACGUGCCAGGCAUCCCCGUUUUGUUAAGUCUCGCGCCAAAUUUAGAACAUCUUUCUCUGUAUAGGUGCAAGGGAUUAAGUCAUGAAACAGAUGGGGAAGACGAAGAAUCAGGAACUAUCUUCAGGGACGGAGCAGGCAGUUCACUUCGAGUCGUCGAGUUCAAGAGUAGUGCUCUCGAAAGCAAUGGGGACACCGACUCGCUCAUCCGCGAUAUCGUCUCGCAUGCGCCGCACCUUGAGCGCUUCUCCUAUCAGUCACAAUCGGCAUAUUUGGGCGAGCAUAUUGAUGUACACUUUACUGCUCACGAAUUCCUCCGGUGCCUUGAACCCACCAAGAACUCGCUCAAGUUCCUCAAUAUCGACCUCACAGAACACUCCCUCCAUAACGGAGGCCCCGAGACUGUGGUGCCGCACGUUCUCCAGAGCUUUACCGCGUUGGAAACGGUCAAGCUAGAUGACACGUCUUUUUGCCGGCAUAACCCGGAAGUACCACCAACCUGUCUGACAGAUACUCUGCCUGUCAACUUGGGAACUCUCGUCGUCAGGCUUUAUGAAGCCACCCAUGCUUGGGCUGACCUAGAGCGACUGGCCAUUGAAUCUGGAAAGUUUCCGAAACUUCGGCGUGUCCAAGUAGAGAAUAUUCUCCGCAUGCACAGUGGUGUAGCCGAGAACGUCUUUCCGCGACAAGCCGAUGAGCAUUGCAGCGUUUUAUACGAUUCUUUCACGGAGAAGUCUAUUGAAUUUGCGUGGUCUAUAAGUAUAGAAUAG